AUGAGUACAUUGGGAGAACAGGACAAGCUGCGCGCGCUGGUCAUCGGGGCCGGCGCCGUUGGAGUCGUCGCAGCCUAUGCUUUAUUCAGAAAUGGUGGGGCAGAGGUAUCGCUGGUUUCCAGGUCGGACUACGACCGUGUUGUUUCACAGGGAUAUACGAUUGAUUCCGUCAACUACGGGAACGUUACCGGGUGGCGUCCGUCACAUCUAUACAAAUCGCUGACAGACGCGAUCGCUGCUGAUGUGUUCUACGACUAUGUGGUACUCACCACCAAAAACGUGCCCGAUGGACCUGUGCAGGACACCGUUGCGCACAUACUAGCACCCAUCCUCGACGCAAACAAACGCGUAGACCCGGAGAAGCCUUUCGGUCUGGUGCUGAUGCAGAACGGCAUUGACAUCGAGCACACCGUGUUACAGGACGGGGAUACCGCCGAUCGGAAGCUGGCACUCCUUUCGGGCGUCCAGAUGGUUGCCUCUACUAAGAUUGAACCGGGAAGGAUCAGCCAAAAAACGCCGGACCGCCUGUAUGUUGGUGCGUUUGACAUUGCGGACGAGCUUGCAAUUCAGUUUGCAAAGCGGUUCGUUAGUCUGUAUCAUAACGAGGGUGUCAAUGAGGCACUGUAUGACGCCAAUGUCAGGGAAACAAGGUGGACCAAGCUUCUAUAUAAUGCGUCCAUCAACCCCACUACCGCCCUCGUCGGACUCGAUGUUAGCCGCUGCUUAAGCUAUGGGAUACAGGGCAAAUCAACCGCAGAGCACAUAUUCAGGCCAGCCAUGAAGGAGAUCAUAGCUGCAGCCGCCAGCGAGGGCAUAGUGCUGGAUGAAAAGCUUGUUCCUUUCUUCAUUGAUAUUACGGGCAAGAUACCUUUCAAGCCAUCCAUGUGUGUUGAUGCAGAGCAUUCCAGGCUAAUGGAGAUUGAAGUGAUCCUCGGGAACCCUAUUAGGAUCGCAGAGAGACACAAUGUCCCUGUGCCCACUUUGUCUAUGCUUUAUCAUUUAUUGAUUCUUGUGCAGGGAAAACUGAAGGCCCAACAGGGAAUUGUCAACCAUGUUUAA